ACCAAAACAGAUAAUGGGUGGACAUCACUUAAUUCAGUACCCUUUCACACUAAAUGCUUGAUCGAGAGAGAGAAGCUGCAUGGCUGCAUUGAUGUUGGGCUCUCGGUGAUGUCCGUAAAGAAGUCAUCAAAAUGCAUAGAUCUGGAUACCGAGGAGCACAUCUACCAUCUGAAGGUCAAGUCAGAAGAAGUCUUUGAUGAGUGGGUAUCCAAACUCCGCCACCACAGAAUGUAUCGUCAGAAUGAAAUCGCCAUGUUUCCACACGAGGUUAACCACUAUUUCCCAGGAUCCACUGUCACAGACUCCACAUCUGGGGUCUUGGACUCCCUUUCAAGUAGGAAGCGUAGCAGUAUAUCAAAGCAGAGCUCGAUUCAAACUGGAAGCAAUUUAUCAUUUUCUUGUGCUGGUGAGACACGAGUUCCAUUAUGGUUACAAUCUUCAGAGGACAUGGAGAAAUGCUCGAAAGACCUGGCACACUGUCAUGCCUACCUGGUGGAAAUGAGCCAUCUCCUCCAAAGUAUGGAUGUCCUGCAUCGGACAUAUUCAGCGCCUGCAAUCAACGCCAUCCAGGGUGGAGCUUUUGAAAGUCCCAAAAAGGAAAAAAGAUCACACAGGAGGUGGCGGUCCAGAGCUAUUGGCAAAGAUGCUAAAGGAACGCUGCAGGUCCCUAAACCUUUCUCUGGCCCAAUAAGACUGCAUUCCUCCAAUCCUAAUUUGUCAACGUUAGAUUUUGGAGAAGAGAAAAAUUACUCUGAUGGCUCUGAAACCUCGUCGGAGUUUUCUAAAAUGCAAGAAGACCUGUGUCAUAUUGCCCAUAAAGGGCCUUUGCUCGAAAGUGGUGCGGAAGCCAAGUCCAAACGAAGAACUUGCUUGCCGGCUCCGUGCCCCAGCGCCAGGACGAUCAGCUUGUGGAACAUCCUGCGGAAUAACAUCGGGAAGGAUCUGUCCAAAGUGGCCAUGCCGGUGGAGCUGAACGAGCCCCUGAACACACUGCAGCGGCUCUGCGAGGAGCUGGAGUACAGCGAGCUUCUGGACAAGGCCGCACAGAUCCCCAGCGCCUUGGAAAGGAUGGUGUACGUGGCAGCUUUUGCCGUAUCGGCAUAUGCAUCUAGCUACUUCCGAGCUGGGAGCAAGCCCUUUAAUCCUCUUCUUGGAGAGACAUAUGAGUGUAUCCGUGAGGACAAAGGCUUCCGGUUCUUUUCAGAACAGGUCAGCCACCAUCCACCUAUCUCUGCUUGUCACGCUGAGUCUGGAAAUUUUGUUUUCUGGCAAGAUGUGAGAUGGAAAAACAAAUUCUGGGGCAAAUCCAUGGAAAUUGUUCCCAUUGGCACAACCCAUGUGACUCUGCCAGCCUUCGGAGAUCAUUUUGAGUGGAACAAAGUGACCUCUUGCAUCCAUAACAUCUUAAGUGGGCAGAGAUGGAUUGAGCACUACGGAGAGAUUGUCAUCAAGAACCUGAAUGAUGACUCCUGCCACUGCAAAGUGAAUUUUAUAAAGGCGAAAUACUGGAGCACUAAUGCCCGUGAGAUUGAAGGUACAGUAUUUGACAAGAAUGGAAAAGCGGUGCAUCGGCUCUUUGGGAAAUGGCAUGAAAGCAUCUACUGCGGUGGCUCCUCUUCGUCCGCUUGUGUCUGGAGAGCGAAUCCCAUGCCAAAGGGCUAUGAGCAAUAUUAUGGCUUCACACAGUUUGCCCUGGAAUUAAAUGAAAUGGACCCAUUGUCAAAGUCUUUAUUACCACCUACUGACACUCGAUUUAGACCAGACCAAAGGUUCCUCGAAGAAGGGAACAUAGAAGAGGCUGAAAUACAAAAGCAGAGGAUCGAACAGCUGCAGAGAGAAAGGCGGCGGGUCUUAGAAGAAAACUGCGUGGAGCACCAGCCCCGGUUUUUCAGGAAAUCCAACGAUGACUCCUGGGUGAGCAACGGCACCUAUUUGGAACUUAGAAAAGAUCUUGGUUUUUCCAAACUGGACCAUCCUGUCUUAUGGUGAAAAAGGAAAGAAGAAUGAUACACCCUUCUACUUCUCCUGUGUUUGCUUUCCGAAGCCACACACCUGUGUCUGUGUAUUUAAAAGAAAUUACUUAGAAUGAUCGCCUGUGCUUAGCUUAGCAUUGUAAGUAUUUAAGUAUGUAUUUUUUCAGUAGGUUUCUUUACAAUUUCAAAUGUUAUCACGAUUGUUUAUAUGAACGUAGAACACCUUGAUAUUUCAUUUUAUAUAUAAACUAUUUAAUAAAAAUGAAAGAUUGAAUGUUAACGUGUGGGUUAAAAAAGAAGCUUUAACACUAAUUUUCCAAAGGUUAGGAAAAUUCAAAUUAAAUUUAUGCCUUAUAAAAUUGUGUUGGAGAAAAAAAUUUAUCUCUCCCAGGUGCAUUAAGAAAUACGGAUACCCAGGGUUACUCACUUAUGCAUAAGCUACCCAGGUUUAAUUUGGUAGCUCAGAUAUCUUUUUGCCUCCGACAGCUCUUGAAUUGCUCAUACAGAACAAUUCUGCUGGUGCUGGAGUCUGAAGAAUAUUUGCAUUUGCAUUUUGGUGGUUGGGAGGAUGGUAUAAGAUUAGUGGAAUGUGUGUUUUUCUAUCAGAUAGAUAUGGCACCUUCCUGAAGAGGAGAAAGCAUUUGAGCUCAUCCCUCACUAGAGGAGUAUUGCCUUAUGUGCAAAAGUGUACCCUGUUACACAGAGAAAUUGUCAUCAGUCUGAGAAAUUCCCAUUAAUUAAAUGCUAUAGGGGCAUCCCAGAGACACAGUAGAUUUCUCCUUAGUGAGAACGGAACUCUUGACAAGUUAAACUGUUUUUCGCAUCUCACUCCCACCCCCAGUUUCCCCACACUUUACCACAGCUCUGUUGAGUAUGGAAUGUUCCAGUUUAGUCUAAAACGUACAGUGCAUUCCACACAACAGUUUGACUUUCUAAAAGUUUAGCAAAAUAACUGAUUAUUUUAAAUAACUCAACAAGUUUUUCUUAAAUACUGUUUUGGUGUUUUCUACCUCUUAAUAACACCAUAUUUUAGAUCUUGUAUAAAAAGUUUGACCAUCUGCCUUAUAGAUAAAUGUAGAGAAUUGAUGUUCUUCCUUUGUGUUGUGUUCUGAUAAAGCUUUGACUUAUCUCUUUCCUAUACUUCUUACUCAUUUCACUCUUGUGAGUUUUGCAGCAGUCUUAAAUAAUACAGAUUAUAACUACUAGAAGGGGAAACUUUGUCAUUUUAAAUGUUAAAGUACAAUAAUACAAUUUGUGCAGUAGUUGAAGUGUUAUCAAAGCAAUGCCAACUUCUGCCCAGAUUACAUUAAAACCAAAGCCUAAUUUUUAAGCCUUUUACUCUAAUGUCCAUAAUAAUCCUAUGGAAUAUCAAGUAUAAUGGUGUAGUAAAAAGAUUUCUCCAGAAAACACUUAACGGAUAUUUAAAACAUUUCAGAGCAUGUAGAAUUCUAUAAAUGAAAAGUAGAAUAAUAAUGGUAAAAAAGAAUGCAUGAUUUUUUCAGUGUCACACCAAAUAACCAAGUAGUUGGACAGCAUUGCAUUUUCAAAAUGGAGAGUUUUAAAGUGGGUUAGUAGCCUUUUGGAAUCUGCAAGUGAUUAGCAUUUAAAAACAAUACAUAGCUCAUUAAAUAUUACAUUCAUUCCUUCCAAAUCAAGGAGUCAAGAUGAAUACAAUGUGAAUAUCAUUUCCAUUUCUAAGCAGUUUCAAUGACACAAUCAAAUUCUUUGGUAUAUGUGCUUUGUUCUUUUCUUUUCAAGCAUGUAUCCAAAUCCUCCUCACAGACAGGAAAAAGCAGGCUGUAGAUUUAAGGAUACUCAAGGGAAAACCAAAUCUAGUUUUCAAAUUAUGAAGGAAAAUGUAGACUUUUAGCAAUACUGACUACUAAAUAGGCCUCCUCUAGAAGCUGGCUCCAAAAAGACAAAAAAACAAACAAACAAACAAACAAAAACCCAGCACAACAAAACAAGACAUGCAGCCUGAAUGCAUGUAGCUCUGUCAUACAGUAUCUGGAAAUUUUUUAAUUGUCCCACUGCUGUUAUUUCAAUUGACUUUAUGCUUUAUUUUGGAAUCACAAGGAUAAAUGGACCAAAUACCACCAUUGUAGUCAUCUUAUUUGAGAUGGAAGUGGUGAUAAAUUAGAAUAUGACACGGAACUAAAUGCAAAUUUAAAAACCUACGAGUCAGUACCAGCCCUAUAAAGGGCGUUUCUGAAAUUUAAACAGCUUAGUGAUGCAUCCUGUUAUUAUAGUCUUAAAACUACCUUGAGGGGGAAAUGGCUUCUUUCUUCCUUCAGUCCCUAUCCUCAAUAGCGCCUUCCCAUCUCAUUUGUAUUUCUGGGGCAUUUUCUACUUUUAAGACAAAGAAAACUGAAACGUGGCAUUCUUUGGGAAGAAUGGAGGUAGAGUUUAACUUUCUAGACUUUGAAAACCCCAAUUCAAUCAUUGCAAUCACUACGCCAUCUGAGAUACAUGCUUAAACCUCCCUUUUCUUCCUGAUUAUUCCAUCCCAAAUUGAUGGCGAAUUAACAUAUAUAUUCUUGGAAACGGGACUGUGGGCAGUCGACUACCUUGUACUUCAUAUGUGCCCGUGGCCUCUAUCGAUUACCCCAAGCUGCAGAUCAUUCUGGAAGAGUCCAGCAGCCUCCUGUGUAGCCUGGCAGCAGAUCCCUUCCAGCUGCAGGCGCCAGAGCCUCGGCUGGUAUUUCCCGGAGUCAAAUGUAAUCAUCAGAAUCCUAGCACGACUCUCCCUGCUCUUCACCUCCCAGAAGUCAGGCUGCUUCCGGGACUAACUAAACAGCCAGAGUGCACUUUAGGCCAACAGUCCAAUCCUCCAUCAAGUCCCUAGAGUGCCCCAGUAGCCCACAGUCUUUGUGUGCUUCCUGUGGGGCUCUCUGGAAGAGAAAAAUAUACAAGCUAAAAAAACAAAACAAAACAAAAAAUCUCUUCAUGUUUACUUCAUUUGAACUGCUGCUUUUCUCAUAUUCUACCUUUAAUUACUUCCAGUAAAUCACUUGCUUGGGCUUCAAGGACUGUCCCUCAUCUGUAUUUUCCAGAUUUAUGAUGAGUGGUCUCAUUCUACUAUAAACAGUGUCAACCCUAAAAGAAAAAGAAUAAAGUUUUUAUUUGGCUAUUGAACCUUGCUGUAGGCCUACCACAUAGUCCAUGAGUUAGUUAUAUUAUGCCCUCAAGCUAUCAUAGAAUUUUCUCCGGCCUUUUAGUUACGAAUAGGAGCAAUAAAGUUGUUCUUAUGAUGUUAGGAAUAAUAGUUCCAAUGUAUUGGCAUAAUUCAUUUGAAUGUCUUUCAUUUUGAUAUUAACAUUGGCAUAAAUCUAUUUUUGCUACCAGAUGAUAGCUAUUUUCAUGCGCUCAACUUCCCUCUGCGUUGUAUAAAUCUGUUACUUGGUGUUAGUCUUUAUUUUUCUGUGUUGGAAAUAUUUAUCACAAGAGUAUCUUUAAAUCAUGACAGAAAAUGCAAACCAUUUUCUGAGACUUUUGUUUUGAGUUACGCAAUGAUAAGUUGCUAAUGAUGAUUUUAUCUUCCUCCAUUACCCUCAGAGGAUACUUUUAAAAAAAAAAAAAAAAAAAGGAUACCUGUUAAUCUUCUAUCUAGCUGUGUGUAAGAUUAUUUUCUGUUUAAAUCCCACCCUUCCGCCUAUAUACCCCAUUCUCCCCAAAAAGUUCGUACUCAUUUGUUUAUCCCCCUCAUGUAGCUAGUUGACGGUGAAUAAACAACGUGGAAAAAGGGC